AUGGAUUACCAAUUCUCUCAUCUUCGAAAGGUACUUAUCGCCAAUCGAGGAGAAAUCGCCGUUCGUCUUAUUCAAGCAUGCACGAAAGUGGGGUUGAAAAGCGUUUCCGUCUACACAAACUCCGAUGCGACCUCGCUCCAUGCUUCACUUGCUGAUGAGAACAUCCUACUACCUGGCGAGAACGCCAGUGGAUAUCUAGACAUACAAGAGAUCCUUGAAAUCAGCAAAAGCCUUCACGUCGAUGCCAUCAUCCCCGGCUACGGCUUCCUCAGCGAAGACUCAGCAUUCGCCCAGCAAGUCGUAGAUGCCGGUAUGGUAUUCGUAGGACCGGGUCCGGAAGCCAUGACUGAGAUGGGCCAGAAGCACCGCGCGAGGGACUUGGCUGUUGCAGCAGAUGUUCCUGUUGUGCCUGGUAGCCAGCUACUGGCUUCUGAGGACGCGGCGUUGGAUGCUGCGAGGGAGUUGGGCUUUCCAAUUAUGCUUAAAGCGACGGGUGGAGGAGGUGGAAUGGGGUUGCAAGUGUGUCAUGAUGAAGAUGAGAUCUCGGCUGCGUUUACGAAAGUCAAGAGUAGAGGAGAGACGCUUUUUAAUAACACGGGGGUUUUCCUGGAGAAGUAUUACCCGCAAAGUCGACACAUUGAAGUUCAAAUUUUUGGAAAUGGGAGUGAUGUUGUGCAUUUUGGAGAGCGGGAAUGUAGUAUUCAGAGACGGCACCAGAAGGUCAUUGAAGAAUGUCCAAGCCCUUUCGUCGAAACGAAACCCGGGCUGCGAGAAAAACUCACCAAAUGCGCUACUGCAUAUGCGUCACAACUAAAGUACAAAUCUGCUGGCACCAUCGAGUUUCUUGUUGAUGAUAUCACAGGAGAUUUCUUCUUCCUGGAAAUGAACACUAGACUUCAAGUAGAGCAUGGGAUUACCGAGUUGUGUUACGGCGUUGAUCUGGUGGCACUUAUGUUGCAGCAAGCAGACUGCGAGAAAGGAGGCGAGACGGGACUCUCGUCUGAAUUCUUGCGCUCGCUGCAAAAAGAUGGGCCGAGUGGAGCUGCGGUUGAGGCGAGAGUCUAUGCAGAGGUUCCAUUUAGGGACUAUGCUCCGAGUCCUGGGUUAUUGCAGGCUGUUCGGUGGCCCGAGGAUGAGGGCAUCCGAGUCGAUACUUGGGUGAAGACUGGGCAGAGAAUUGCUUCUUUUUAUGAUCCACUGAUUGCAAAAGUAAUGGUUCACGCCAGCGACAGGCAAUCUGCGUGCAAGAAAAUGACCAAAGUCUUGUCCGAAUCGAAACUCCAAGGCCCGCCCACAAAUAUCCAUUUCUUGGCCGAUGUGAUAUUAUCAAAACCUUUCCUGGCCGGCAACACACUGACGAACUUCCUCGAAACAAAAUUCACGUACGAGCCUCGCGCAAUCGAUGUUCUCUCACCCGGAUCAUUUACCACAGUUCAAGACUUCCCUGCAAGAGCAACUAGCGGACAUGGCAUACCAAAAGGAGGUCCUAUGGACAAUCUCUCUUCGAGAAUUGCGAAUGUUCUAGUCGGCAACGACCCUGGCAUGGAGGUCUUGGAAAUGACAUUGACUGGCCCAGAAUUACUCUUCACCGCGCCAGCUGUUCUUGCAGUCUGUGGCGCUCAAGUCUUGGUUACCAUUGAUGGUGAAGAAAAUCCUAUGUGGUCGAGAUUUGUCAUUCAAGCUGGCCAGAAGUUGAAGAUGGGCAAGGUUGAAAAUGGUGGUUUGAGAUUCUACCUUGCUGUGAAAGGAGGAUUUCCAGAAAUUCCUCUAUAUCUGGGAUCCAAAGCAGGCACACCCAGUCUUGGAUUCGGCGGAACUCAGGGACGACAACUACAAAUGGGCGAUUGGAUCGAGCUUCACCGCGACACCAAGGAAUGGGCCAAUGGCGCCACCCCAUUCGAGCUUCCCGCGUCUUGCGUGCCUAAUUUCGAUAUCUCCGAAGUCUACUGCAUGCAUGGACCCCACGACUCCGAUGAUUUCAUGACUGAGAAGGAUAAACGAAUGCUAUACAGCACCGCAUGGAAGAUUGGCCACAAUUCAAACCGAACAGGCGUUCGUCUCGUAGGCCCUGUGCCUGAAUGGAGCAGAAAAGAUGGCGGAGAGGGCGGAUCGCAUCCGUCUAAUAUCUUUGACUACGGGUAUCCGUCGCCGGGAGGAGUCAAUUGGGGUGGUGAUUCCUCGGUGGUUUUCUCCAUGGAUAGUCCUGACCUGGGUGGUUUGCUAUGCUCAUCGACUGUCAUCUCUGCCGAUCUUUGGCGCCUUGGACAGGUCAAGCCUGGUGGAUAUAUGAAGCUCAGACCAACUACUUUUGAAUUAGCUCUGGAGUUGACAGAUCGGGUUGAGAGGUUUAUUCAGGAUGUGCAGGCGUUGGUGGAGGGUAAAUCUGAGAAUAAGCCGCAACUGGAUUUGACGCUUCCAGAUUCCGGCUUGGAGGAGGGAAAGUCGAACGCCAUCUUGAAGGUAAUCCCCGCUAAUGGAGAACGACAACAAGUCAUUUACAGACAGGGAGGAGAUUGUUUUCUCCUCGUUGAAAUAGGCACCCAGACAGUAGAUGUUAGAGUUACUACCCAUAUCAGACUCUUGGUCGAGAAACUGCAAAAGUUAGACGGACCUAGAUUAUUGAUGAAUCCAAAUGUUGGCUCCGUCAUUAUACAGUUCGACCCCAAAGCUAUCACCCAACACGACUUACUAGAGAUUGUCCACAAUGCCGAAAACAGCAUUCAAGCCACGCUUGAUGUCAAAAUCCCCUGCCGCGAGAUACACCUCCCUGUAGUAUUCGACCAUCCCGACAUCGCAGCCUCCGAGAAACGAUACAUCGAAACCAACCGACCAACCGCAGUCUACCUCCCGGAUAACGUUGAAUACCUACGCACCAACAACGGGCUUCCCACGCGCCGCGAAACCUUUGAAACACUCCUCAACUCUCCCUACCUCAUCGUAGCCGUCGGCUUCCUCGUCGGCACGCCCAUUCUCUUCCCCCUUGAACCAAUGAGCGGCAUCGUCGGCCAAAAAUACAACCCAACCCGCGUCUCUACCCCCGGCGGCACAAUCGGCAUGGGCGGUUCGCUCUUCGCCAUCUACCCACUCGAGGCUCCCGGCGGCUACAUGAUGUUCGCACGUACCAUCGAGUGCUGGGACACCUUCGGCAGCGGGCCGAGCUUCACGCCUACGCGCCCCUGGCUCUACGAGCCCUUUGACAUGGUCAAGUACCACGAAGUCAGCAUCGCGGAAUACGACAACCUAAUGCUCGAUUACCGACGCGGGGACUACGCAUUCGAUAUCCGCGACGGCGUCUUCGACCUCGCGGACAUCCAUGCCGUGUUUGAGCAGGCCCGCGCGGACCCCGAGGUCCAGGCGUUCCGGGCACGGCAGCGGGAUUCGGUGGCGGGGAAUUUGGAGGUCGAGAAGAUGAUGUAUGGGGAGUGGGUUGCGGGGCAGGAGGCGGAGAGGGCGGCGGAGGCGGAGCGCGUAAAGGGGAUGAUGGGGGGUGCGGAGGAGGCUAGGGUUACGAUUGAUAGCCCGAUCGAUGCAAAUGUGUGGAAGGUGCUUGUAGAGCCGGGCGACGUGUUGAAGGAGGGACAGGUGGUGGCGAUUCUGGAAGCGAUGAAAAUGGAGAUCAAUGUUGUGUGUGAGGGCGAGGCGGUGGGGAAGACGGUUGAGGCUGUGGCUAGUAAACCGGGGAGUGUGGUGAGUCCGGGGACUUGGAUUGUUGUUGUGAAGGCGGGCGGAUGA